AUGAAGACCAGCAUCGUCAACGUUCUUAGCGUGUCGGUGGCUUUUGCCUCGCCGCUGUCUUACACCGGCAACCGCGCAUCGUUGGUCAGCCGUGAAGUGCCCCAGGAGCACUCUCACGAGAUAUUCCUCACACUUACACGCGAGGCACUUGCUAAGAAUAACCCCAAGAAUAUCAAGGAUGUUGUCUUUGGUCUCUUGGGAAAUGGUGCUGCGGCUGCUGGUGCUGGCAGUGUCUCCAACCUUGACUGUCUGCACCAGGAGACUGCCGACCAAGCUUUCACCAAUGCGAAGGCCGCGGGUGAUGUUCGCUUGAUGUCUGCGGCGCUUGUGUUUCAAACUUUGGAGCGAAAUACUCUCAAAGUCGGACUUGCUAGCGCUGCAUGCAAAGAGACUGCUGUCAAUCCCGAAAUUGCUGCAUUGACUCAGCAUCAGGAUCCUUCUUCUGCCAAUGCUGCGUCGGUCAAUAAGGAAAUCACUCUUGAACUGGCUAGGCAGCUUAAGAGCAUUGGAGGUGACCCUAACCUUGCUCUUAUGAGUGGAACUUUCACCCCUGGCGAUACAAAGGACUCUACUGGCAAGGGUAACGCGUGCGAUGAUGGUGACAACAACGGCUGCAUCUUUGAAUCGGGUCGUCUUGUUUUAGAUGCUAGCCAAGAUGAGAUUGCUGCAGCUGUGGCCAAUAUCAACGUCUCGUUCCAGGGUACCGGCAGUUUGACAGCUGCCGAUGUGGCUGACCUCUCCCAGUUUAAGCUGGCCGAUGGUAGUUCCCAGGUUGGUAAUGGCAGUGGAAACAAUGGCGGAAAUGAUAACACCCCUAGCACCGGAAAUCCUGGCAAUGGUAAUGGGACCACCAAGGACGGCAACGGCUCCAACAACGGCAACGGCGGUAACGACAAUGGAAACACUACCGGCGGCAACGGUUCCAAUACUGGAAACACUGGUAAUGACAACGGAGGCAUGGGUGGUGGCAACAACACGUCUAAUGGCGAUACUGGCAACAACGGUACCAACCAGAAUGGCAACAAUGGAAACAAUCAGAACGGAGAUAAUGGAAACAACAUUCAGACUUUCACCGGUAACUUGGGUGGCUCCCCGCCUCCCGUCACCAAGUCCUCUGGUGCGCGGCCCUUUUCAGUCAAUGGCAACACAUUUGUCAACGCUGGUGCUGCGUUGACCCGGUCUUGCGAUAUUCAGCACAAUGCCUGUGCCGACGCUGCCAACUCAGGCGAGAUCUCUGGCGGUGUUGGGCAGUGUGACACCCAAAAUGAGGCAUGCAAGGCAGCUGCCCAGACGAAUACAGCAGCAGCGGGAAACAAUAACGCUAGUAACGGUGCAAACACGAACGCAGACAAGAAGACCAAGAAAAAGAACAAGAAAAACAAAAAUAAAAACAAAAACAAGACUCCUGACAACGCCAAUCCUGACCCAGCCCCCGCAAACCAGGGGGCGGCUACCGGUGGUGAUGCUGGAACAACCACUGGAAAUGGCAAUAACAACAACAACAACAACAACAACAACAAUGGCUCCAAUGGCAACACUUCCAAUGGUGCUACUGGCAAAACUGGAAACAACACUGGAUCUGGAAACGAGCCCACCGGGCAAACAAACGCCGGUGCAAACACUGGUUUCGGCUCGUGCUCCGAUCCCUCGAUCAAGUUUGCUCAAGGCCUCGACGGGCGCAAAGAGGCAGCCUUCGCACCCAACAACACCAAUGACUUUACCCAUGGUUCUGCUCUCAAUAUUAAGAUUAUUUCCGAAUUUAUCUGUGACCGCCUCGGUGACAGAUGCAAGGCAGGCAGUGCCACUGUUGCUCGAUGCAGAGCUGCUUCCACCGCUGCCCAGCAAGCAACUGGCCAGGCUGCUGCAGAUGCUUUUAACAAGGGACUAGGUGCAUAG